AUGGCAUUAGAAGAUGUGAAUCUAGAUUUGGGUUUAUUACCUAAUUAUGCACUUAGAUUACAUCACAAUAAUAGUAAAUGUUCUCCUGGUUUAGCUGCUCGACAAUUAUUUGAAUUACUUUACAAUGACCCAACAAAACUAAUUUUAUUAGCAGGAUGUUCCCCAGUAACCACAAUGAUUGCAGAAUCUGCACAUGUUUGGAAUUUACUUGUUUUAUCCUACGGGGCAUCUUCCCCAGCUUUAUCCAAUCGGGAACGUUUCCCAACACUUUUUAGAACACAUCCUUCAGCAAAUAUGCAAAAUCCAACUAGAGUUCAUUUAUUUGAACGUUUUAAAUGGAAAAGAAUAACUAUUUUACAAUCAGCUGAAGAAGUUUUUGAUUCAACAGCUAAAGAUUUGGAGGAACAAUGUAGAGAAAAAGGGAUUAGAGUUGAAAGGCACAGUUUUUAUGGAGAUCCAAAAGAUGCUUUAAAAGCAAUUAGAAGACAGGAUGCUAGAAUUAUUGUUGGACUUUUUUAUGCUACCGAAGCUUAUCAUUAUGGACUAUAUGGACAUAAAUUUGUUUGGUUUAUGAUUGGUUGGUAUGCAGAUACCUGGUUUAUUCCCCAUCCAGAUGAAGGAUUAAAUUGUACGAGAAAAAAUAUGGAACAGGCUGUUCAAUAUCAUUUUACAACAGAAUCUAUUAUGUUAAGUAGAGAUACUUUACCUACAAUUUCUGGAAUGACUGGGGCACAAUUUUUAAAACGUUUACGUCGUCGAAUAAUUACGGACCCGCAAGAAACAGGUGGGUGGCCUGAAGCACCUUUAGCAUAUGAUGCUGUUUGGGCAUUAGCUUUAAUGUUAAAUUGCACAAUGGAUAAAUUAAUUAAUGGGAAAGGACUUCAACAAUUUAAUUAUAAAAAUAAAUUAAUUGCUAAAAGAAUGUUUGAAUGUAUGAAAAAUAUACAAUUUAGGGGUGUUUCUGGGCAAGUAAUGUUUAGCGAUUUGGGUGAUAGAAUUGCUCGAACACAGAUUGAACAAAUGCAAAAUGGAAAAUACAUUCUUCUUGGUUAUUAUGAUUCCAGUACACAAACUUUAGAAUGGAAAAAUAAAGAAAAGUUUAUUGGAAGUAAAGGGCCUCCCUCUGAUUCAACAAGGAUUAAACAAUGGCCUAUUGGUUUAUAUUUGGUUUGUGUUAAUAUAAUGGUUGUUGCUAUUGUUUUUUGUAUUUCUAUUUUUAUUUUUAAUCAACGAUAUUCUCAUAGACGAAUAAUAAUUCAAUCACAAAGACAAUGUAACAAUUUAUUAAUUGCUGGGUCUGUCCUAAGUUUAUUUUCACUGGCACCUAUUGGAUUUCCACAAGACGGAGCUAAUGAUGAUUCUAUUGGACAAAUAGCUACUUUAGGAGGAGAAAAUAAAAUUUAUUCAACUUCUCCUUUUUUAUUUAGUACUUUUUGUCAUGUAAAUGAAUAUUCUUGA